UUGGCCGCAAAUAGCCUGCCACCGCCGAAAAUGUUUUGUUUGUAAUGGAAUGUGGGUGGGCGGGUGGUUGCAAAAUUGGGAUGCGUUGGAUACUUCUUGCCUUUUUACCGCAUUUUGUUUGAAUUUUCCUCAAAAUAUAAAUUUUGUGUCAGCCGAGAUCUAUACCAAGGCUUCUAGAAAGGCAGCAAGAUGAAUAGCAAAAUAAACAGCGAUAGGAAGAAGCGGCCUGGGCUGAAGAUCUCCAUGAGUGAAUCGCCAACCCCAUCCCAGCUGACGCCGCCGCGCAACCUGGACGUGCGCACCACGCUGCGUAUCGGCACUGAGACGCUGGACGUGCAGGCGGCGGAUAUGGACGUGCUGGAGAACCUGGGCCGCGGCGCGUACGGCACCGUGGACAGGAUGCGCCACCGGCCCACCAGCACCGUGAUGGCCGUCAAGCGUAUUCCCGCUACGCUGAACUCGGAUGAGACCAAACGCACUCUGAUGGACCUGGACAUCUCUAUGCGCACACUGGACUGCGACUACACCGUUCAGUUCUACGGCGCACUCUUCCAGGAGGGUGACGUGUGGAUCUGUAUGGAAGUGAUGGACAUCAGCCUCGACAAGUUCUAUCAGAAGGUGUUUGCGCACAACGAGACAAUCCCUGAGCCGAUCCUGGCCCGCGUCGCCUACUCGGUGGUGUCGGCUCUCCACUACUUACACACCCAGCUGAAGGUCAUACACCGCGACGUCAAGCCGUCCAACACACUCUGUGACCGUCAGGGGCGCGUCAAACUGUGCGACUUCGGCAUCUCGGGCUACCUGGUCGACUCCGUGGCCAAAACGAUCGACGCCGGAUGUAAGCCGUACAUGGCUCCGGAGCGAAUUAACCCGAUGGGCGACAAGAGCUACGACAUCCGCUCCGACGUCUGGAGUCUGGGCAUCUCCAUGAUCGAAAUCGCCACUGGCAAGUUCCCGUACCGAAUCUGGGGCACGCCGUUCGAGCAGCUGAAGCAGGUGGUGGCCGACCCGGCGCCGCGCCUGCCCAAGGAGGGAUUCAACUUCUCCGUCCACUUCGAGGAGUUUGUCUCGCUCUGCCUGCAGAAGGACUACCGGGAGCGGCCCAACUACCCAACUCUGCUCCAACACGGCUUCAUCGCCGGCGCCUCCGACAUGCCCGAGGGCAUGGACACGUUCAUCGCGCGUAUCCUGGAGCUGCCGACGGCCUCGGACGCUGUGUAGCGGCGUCCCGGGGCGGCCGAGCGGCGAGUACAAACUGAGAGGGUGCCGCGCGCGACCGGCGGCCGGCGGUGCGGAGAGGGGUGCGCGGCUGCCCGGCACGCCUGGCGCGCGCUGUGAGGACACGGUGUGUGAGAACUGUGAGAGAAGACCCGGUGAGAGCAGUGAAAGGCGCGCGCGGAGCGGUGGAACGGGCGCCUCCCGCCGCGGCGACGGUGUGUGUUACGGAGCCUAGCGCCCGGCUGGCGAAGCUCGAGUGUCGGCUGCCGUCCAGAGAUGGCGCCACGGGGCGCCGUGUGUGAGUGCUGGUCGUGGCUACCGUUUUAUUACUGUGGAGUGUGUGAGUGCGGCGGCCGCCACGUUUGACUUUGUUGAAGGUUUAAUCAUACCACACGCCUAAAGAGGCGGUUUAAGUUGUAUAGUGACUUCGAGAGGCGCUGUGCCUUUUCAGUUGCCGAUCGCAGUUGGGGCGUCUUAUUUUUGAGUAUUUGGGCAGCGUUUUGCCGGGCGUUGGGCCCGGCCGUGCUGCCGGCGCUGUGCUCGCCGUGCCUAUCCCCGGACUGUGCUGAUAGCCUCUGCCGCGGUGCUCCCGCGCGCCACGGUACACUCUGCCGGGGUGCACGUCUCAGAUGACGUCACCACAUUGGUGGGCCGAGUCUGUCCGGGUUUGUGCCUGCAAUAUCGUUGAACGCCAACUCCGCCCAAAGUCGGCUGGUAUCGUGCGUGUGCCGUGCUGAUUCGAGAACGAUAUGUACCGUACUGGCACUGAUCGAGCACGAUGUGCACCGUACCGAGUCGCUCACAAUGUGUACAGUGCUGGUUCGGUGCGGUAUGUGCGGUACCGUGAGCGCCCACUGAGCCGUGUGACCGACUGCGAGCGAGAUGUGCGAUACACCAAUAUACCUGCGUCAGAAA